UUUCCCGGCGAGCGGGCGGUUGUCGGUAGCUCCGUGGCUGGGUGCACGGUCACGUAGGUUACGCACGCAAUCACUCUCCAGGGUUUGUCUGGAGCCAGUCCAAGCGGCUGCGCCCUCCCACACCCCGGCACCCUGAUUGCAGGGGUCGCGAUGGUGCAGGCAGGUCGGGAGCCCGAGGUGGAGAUGAACGGGGGCUGAGAAGAGCCUGACCCAGUCGGAGCCAAGCACCAAGCCCUUCCCCGCCCGCCGAUCUCCAGCCGUCAGGGUCACGCUACGCGCUGGAAGCCCUGAACUCCGUGUCCCUAAGCCCCAGGCCCCCUGCGGGAAUGUUCAAAAAUGAGUACCAGGGAGGUGCAUUCGUUGAAAUCUUUAGUGCUCAGGGAAAAAAUCCUGGAGCAAAAUGGAAGAUUCUUGGCAGUCCAUCUGUGAUUUGGAAAGAGUUUGAUAAAGAAGUUAAAAGUUUUGUGUUUGUCCUGGAAGGCAGCAGCCAAACAAACAAAAUUCAGUUACCAAAGGAGAAUAAGCAAAUCCUUGGACUGAUCCAGAGGUUUCUUGUACUUCAAAUUUACAUACCCCUGGGACAAGACUUCUCCACUGAAUUGCUAAUAACUGAUUUAGGGAAUAUCAAAAGAAGAUUGUACUUAUCAACGGUCCAUAAAGAAUUGUCCUCAACCCCUCUUCAUGCAAAAAUCCCACUCUUCAUGAUCAAGCGCAAAAUUUGGUGCAAUCUGUGCAUUGAUUUGGUGGCAUUUACCAGUGAAAUAUUCAAGGGAGCAGUUUUCCAGUCAUUGGAUGGAAUUAUUGUCUCAGCUAACUGUAAACUAAGGAAGAUCUUCACUUUAAAAUCCAAGCCUCAAGACACUGCUGAUAAAGAUGCUGGACAUGGUAUUCCCUUUCCAACAGAUGAGCCUACAGAUAUUAUUCCACGAAGCUGCCAACUAACAACAGAUGUUCCACAAGUCACACAGCUGCUAAACAUGACUAAAUUCCGCCAACCUGAAAUCAAAUUUGGAGGUCAUCCUCUAAAUUCAGCAGAAUCAGAUCAGUUCAUUCACAGAGGAACAGGUAGCGUGCGGAACAGUAAAAAUCAAGAUGUUUGUCAUAUCGCCUUUGGAUCCAAAGUUCUUGGACCACCUCCACUCUCUGGCAGAAGAAAUAACAUGAGGAUAUACAGUGAGACAAUAAGAUCCAUUGGGUCCAAAAAUAACCGAUCGUGCCAGCCGUCCACAGUAGAGAAGUGUGUUAACAGUGCAGAACUGUCAACCUUGCUGACAUCUGAGUCUGAGGAGCAAGGAGAUAAAGAAAAUACUCACCAAAUAAAGCAGACUGUACCUAUUCCUGAAAAUGUACCAGCCAAUCUGCAUAUUAUGCAGCCACAUCCCCCUCAAGAAACAUCAGCAGAUAAGAAUAAUAAUAGGAGAAGAUUACGGUUAAACAGCACCAGCAGAGAAAGGACAGAGGCACCCAGCGGCAAUUCUUCAGGAAAUAACAGGAAUGAAGAUAAAGCAACAAGUGCUCUCAUCACCAGGUCCCAGCAAAGAGUAGAGACACCGAACCCCAGCAGUCCAGCACCUCAGUCUUCUGAUCAAGCAGAUGAAUGGAUAUUUCCCGAAAAUGACGGUCACAUUGCCCAUUUGGCGUCCAGCAGACAGUCUUUACUUCUAGAUGAUGACUCCUGCCACACUUCACAGCUGUGGCCAGAAGCCAGCAAGGAAAAUGAACAUGACCAACAAGCAGAGGAAACCCAAAUGGUUCCAAAGGACAUUUUCACUUUUUCGUCAAGACCACGAUCAGCACCUCAUGGGAAGAUUCAGACUAUGUCCCCAGAGGGGGGCUCGUUGUUUUUGGAUCUAAAAGAGGAUACCAGUGUGACCCGCCUGGAGGAUGAUUAUUACGACGGUGACAGCAGCGAAGAGGAAUAUGACUGGAGAAACUAUCAAUCCAGCCAAAUGAGUGAAUCCGAGUUGCAAAUGCUGGCAAGCCUACAGCGGCAACAGAAUGAGGAACUAGAAGACACUGGGGCUUCUCAUGGCCUAAGUGCAUCCCAGGUUGACAACUGUAAUGUCAGCAUAAGUACCAGCAGUGACGACACGACCACCUGGAAUUCCUGCCUGCCACCUCCUGUCAACCAGGGUCGUCACUAUCAGAAAGAAAUGAAUCCACCUUCUCCUUCUAACCCCCGGGACUGGUUAAAUAUGCUGAGUCCACCCAUUGUCCCUCCCAGUCAACAGCCAGCUGAGCAGCAGCAGGAUUCUUCUGGAAGUUUGAGUGCUCAAGGUGAAGACGACCUGAGUAUAGAAGAGGACGAGGAAGUGCUGACUCUGCUGUAUGACCCAUGUCUGAACUGUUACUUUGAUCCCCAGACUGGGAAAUACUACGAGUUGGCGUAAUCUCUCCUUCCAGGGCAAAAGUACGGCCACUCCCAGGCCAAGCAGGACAGCAGUUCUGGCUCUGUUAAGUUGACACCACACUGUGUGUGUGUCAGGCAGGCCCACAGAAUCAAAAGGAACUGAGAUUAAUUUUGUAAAUGUUCACUGUUAAGAUUUAUUUUGUAAAUAAUGUUCACUGUUAAAAAUACCUACGUUCUUUUUGUAGAUGCAUGUGACUUUUUGGAACUGUGAAGGAAUUAAUACAGAGACAAGAUUUUAGGACUUGAAUUGGUUCGUAUUUGUUGGUUCUCAUCCUACAUAUAAUUUUGUUUAUUUUAUAUAGUUUUAUGUAAACAAUUAAGAGUUAAUUCAAAAUUUUUGCAGUGUUAAUCUGUAAAUGAUGGCAUGGUAUACAGAGCAUGUAUUCUUGUUUAAAAGAUAUCUGGGUACCUUUUAUUUUACUAUCUAUUUGUAUUAAAAAUAAAGUAUGAUG